AUGAAUGGUUUAAAUGUAGUCCGUUGCUCAGAUAAUCAAGUGCAAGUAUAUCAAUUAGCAGAUGUCGGCGAGCAAGUAAUAAGUACUACCGUAACAUGUGAUAGGAGAGGUGAAAUCUAUCACAAUCAGUACAUUGGUUUUACUUGGAAUGAACUCAAACUUAUUUGUUCUUCGGAUGACAGUGAAGUACACGAAGAACAAACUAUUCAACGAUCAAUUCCUGGAUAUAUUGAAUUUAUUUCGCAUGUCGAGGGCCAAUUAGAUCAAUCAACAGAACCAUACGUGUUAGAAAUCAACCAGGAGGCGACAAACGUGAUGGGGACUAUAAUAUCAAGCGAACAAGCAGCAGAUACGACCUACUUCAAUGAAAAUACUACACCAAAAGAAAGAAGAAUUUAUAUAUGGUUUCCAGAUCAUCCAAUUAUUUGUCGAUUAAUAUUUACUAGUGAUGAAGAUUACCCAUGUCCUUUAAUGCAUGCAAAAGUUUUAGAUGAUACCAAUUAUGCUUGUUAUUAUAAUCCAGGUGCCGAAGAAAAACCAACAAUAGAACAAAUGGAAGCUGAAUUGAAACAAGUAGCCGAAGCAGAUUCUGAACCAGACGAUCCUGAGGCGUAUGUGCUCGAUCUACCAAUACCAGAUAGCGCUUCAAUCGAUAAUCCUGAUACUUCGGACACGUCUGAUACAUCUGAUGCAACUAAACAUUCUUAUUCUUCUAAGAAGCCUGCUGCUUCCCAUUCAGCUAAAAGCUCUACUACUAAAAAACCAAAAAACCAAACGAAACCAAUGUCAUUUCACAGGAAACCUGCUCAUAUUAAAUCACCUGCAGAAAAAGAAGGUUCCAAUGUCAUAAGAAUUAUUUUAUUAGUGCUUGGAAUACUCUUACUGAUCGGUCUCAUUUGUGGAGUUAUUUACUAUGUAAUUCGAAAAUAUCGCUGGAAUAAUUUACCACCAUCAGCGAACAUUGAAAAUGACGGCAAAAGUUCAUAUUCUGUUGAUCCAAAUCAAAGUCAGCAAUCGUUAACUGUAACAUCAGCCCACGAAACAAGCACAGAGUUAUCUAUGAAUGUACCGUUAAAACACAGACCGGCUGUUAAACUACGACCACCGGAAGGAAAUAUUCGUCAAAGUCAAAGAGUUGAUACUCGCAUGAUUUAUGACGAAGACAUGUAG